GCUCGAUCUGUACAAAGUUAAGUAUACUGAAUAAGCGAACUGUUAAGUGCGAUACGUACUCAAGUGCGUUUCAAACCGAGCCCAAGUAUGCUGUGGAAAGCAUUUGUUUUCGGUGUCCUGCUUGCAUCUGGGGUGCGAGCAAGAAAUAGCCUUUUUGGACCACAAGAUGACAGCCUCUUCUCUUCUUGGAGUGACCUAGCUACCGCGGAGAGUAGAAAUCAACCAAGAGACGUCGAGCCUGUGACAGAAAGAGACAGAGAACCCUUGUCUCCAGACUACAAGGAUCCCAGUCAGCGCAAGAAUGAAAAACCAGUGGUACCAUCCCAACCCAACAAACCAUCCUUCGACGAAUCCCUCAUACCUGGCGGUGUCAUCGAUAUACCAGCUGGAGGAUUCCCUCCAAUCUUUGGGGACCCUUUCCGCAUACCCACACUGAAUGAGAGACCUGGGGGUAUCUUCGAUUUUGACAGUGACGAGUUGGGUUUGCCAGGGUUUAACGGUCAGAAUCCUGGAGGGCUUUUUGGAAAUUUCUUCUCAUCGCUUGGAGAAGUGCGUCCGUGGUGGAAAGGGCCAAAUGUCUGCAUUGAAAGGGAAGAAAGCACAGACGAUGAAACUGAAGAAGAAGGACGAGAAUCUUCCAAAAACGAAACUGAAUCUGAAGAAGUACCAAAUUUCUUCUCGACAUCAAUCAGUUUGUCCAACUGUCAUCAAACUCCCGCUAAAUACGAAUGUGUCACUAAGGUUAACAAUCAUGGAGUAGUCAAAACUUUCACUGUUCGCUACAAGUGCUGUUAUGGCUAUGCAAGACAGGAGGGGUCCAUUGGAUGUAACAGAAGGGUAGAGUUGAAGCCUCUGCUACAGACUUUGUCAGACCUCAACGCUAACGAGUUCAAGAAACUGAUAGAAGAUAAUGGACUCGUCGACAGGUUCAAGAAUGAAAAUUUGACAGUUUUUGCACCAUUGGAUCAGUCCAUGAACGAGUAUAAUGACAAGAUGAACCAAUUCAACGAUUUGAACCCCAAUCCGCAGAGAAAGAAGAGAGACCUCAAAAACAUACUGUCUUCCGACGAGCUUGUAUGGAACCACGUGACCGACGGUUUCGUUGACUUAACGGAACUUAUCAACGAAGAAAUUAUUCACAACGAAAACCAGAACAACUCGAUUCGCAUCAACAACUAUCCGACCCAGAAUUACGACAGAUUGGUCACUGCAAACUGUAAACGCAUCGCCAAAGCUAACAAUCUAGCCAGCAACGGCAUCGUGCACUUGGUGGAUGGGGUCAUGACCCCAGUGGGGGAGUCAGUGCAGGAUAUCAUCAGAAACGACAAGAGAUUGAGCAGUUUACUGCAAGUACUGGAGAGCACUGACUUACUCAAGAAGUUCAAAGAUGAAGGUCAUUACACCGUUUUUGCACCAACUAACGAAGCUUUUGAUAAGCUGGAACAGUCUACUAGAGAUAAAUUACUUAGGGGAGAAGCUUGCGCAAAAAGUAUCAUCAGUCAUCAUGUAACAGCCCAUACAGUGUGCUCAGUUGCAAUUAUUGGCAAUUCAACUACACACAAUGUCGACGGAAACGUUUUGAACAUGGAGAGAACACUCGACGAUCAGCUGAUACUGGAAAACAAGGCCAAGAUAAUAGAAACGGACAUCAUGGGCACCAAUGGUGUUGUCCACCUCAUCGAUACCAUCAUAAUACCAGAAUCUGCCCUCUUCAUCAACGAUGCCUUGAAAAACGAGAAACUCACCAAAUUCCAGGAAAUAAUAGAAAAGGCUGGAUUGACUGAUGAGAUUAACAAUCUGGAUAACGCUACUGUCUUUGCGCCAUCCGAUGAAGCUUUCGAGAAGGAAGGCGCCAAGAAAAUUCUCGAGGAAAUUGGAGACGAUAAGGAGAAGUUGAAGGAGUUGGUUAGGUACCACACAGUUCAAGGAAAGAUGCAAUCUUGCGACAUGAACAACAACGCCUUGUUGAAGACCUUGGACAACGACAGACCCUUGAGGAUAAACCUUUAUUCAACUUUGCCAAUCUUCAGUAACAUCCUCUUCAAAGCAACCGUCAAUUGUGCCAGAAUAAGUGGUUUCGACGAGAAGACUUGUGGAUCUGUCAUCCACGAGGUCAACAAGGUUCUGGUACCACCCAAAAAGACGAUCCUAGAAGUCGUGAAAUCCGACCCCAAAUACUCCAAAAUCCAGAAGAUCAUCGAAGGGACUGAAAUCGAGGAAAUAUUAGGACAAGAGAACAGGACAAUCACCUUCCUAGCACCAACAGACGAAACUCUAGCUGCUCUGGAUGAAGACCAACUGAAAUCUCUGGAGGACAAGGAGAAAGCAGUGGAAAUUCUGAAAACCCACAUCCUAACAGAAAUUCUGUGUUGCUCCGGCGUUGGUCCACAAACCUGGGGCUUCAAUUCAUUGGUGCCAACCUUAUCCGAGCAAAAUCUCCAGAUUGGCAGGACUGGUACUCACCAGAUCCGUAUAGGCCGCGGUGUGGUCACCAGUUGUGAUAAUUUGGCCACUAACGGAGUUGUGCAUAGCAUCAACGAGGUUUUUUUCCCACAACGACACGUGGCCAACGUGGGGGGUUACUUCCUAUUUGACUUUUAAGCUUUAAAUUAUUUCGAACAAAAUGGAGUGAUAUUUUUGAUUUGACUGAAUAUUUGUACUUCUCAUUCGAAGUUGUUUCCGUUAAUUUAUUUAGAAGUAGAGUAAGAUGUGAGAAUGUCUAGGAAUAGAGAGGUCUAUUAAUAAAGAUCGAAUUAUUUAUA